AUGGUCUCGUUCAAGUCUCUCCUCCUUGCCGCGACGGCGGCCACUACCGCUCUCAGCCGACCGUUUGACUUCCUCGAGCGGGACGAUGGCAACUCGACUGCGCUGGAGGCUCGUCAGACGACGGGCAACGCCGAGGGCUACCAUAACGGCUACUUCUACUCCUGGUGGUCCGACGGCGGCGGCCAGGCUACCUACACCAACCUUGAGGGCAGCCGGUACACUGUGAACUGGAGGAACACCGGCAACUUUGUUGGUGGCAAGGGCUGGAACCCCGGUACUGGCCGCACCAUCAACUACGGUGGCUCAUUCAACCCCAGCGGCAACGGCUACUUGGCCGUCUACGGCUGGACUCGCAACCCUCUCGUCGAGUACUACGUCGUUGAGUCGUACGGUACCUACAACCCCGGCAGCGGCGGCCAGUACAAGGGCACCGUCAAUACCGACGGCGGCACUUACAACAUCUACGUCUCGACCCGCUACAACCAGCCCUCGAUCGACGGCACACGCACCUUCCAGCAGUACUGGUCCGUCCGCACCUCCAAGCGCGUCGGCGGCUCGGUCACCAUGCAGAACCACUUCAACGCCUGGGCCCGUUAUGGCAUGAACCUCGGCCAGCACUACUACCAGAUUGUCGCCACCGAGGGCUACCAGAGCAGCGGCAACUCGGAUAUCUACGUGCAGACCCGCUGGUAA